CCACUAUGACUGGUUGUUUUGCGCUCUGUAAUGCGAGGCGAUCACAGCACGGAUGUACACUUUCAUUCAUUUUUCGUGUAACUGGAAAUCUACCUACCGCAAACUUGAAUUGUUUGCCCAUAAAUCAGAUCAAGCGAGCACAAUUAUAUGCACCGUAAAAAUAAACCGUUGAUUCAUCGGCGAAAAUUUACUGCCAUAGACAAUUGUUGACAGAACAUUUGUGAUAAAUGAAUUGUCGUUAUUUUCUGCGCAUUCAUUAAAAUGGUUAUGUGCAUUCUACUUAUGAAAAUGGACUUAACUUGAAUGUGAGAAUACUCAUAACAAGUGCUAAUCCGAACGCAUAUAGCUUCAAUCAUGGGAGCGGAAUUAAUCCUGAUUUUGUUGUCGGUUAUUGGCUGUCUCUCGACACAGGCUAUCAAAUCACGUGACCUUCACCAUGCUCCGUGGGCAGAGGAUGACUGCAGACGGACGCUACGGGAAUCGCUCGCCGUUUCCGUAAACGCCCGAACGCCGCCGAAAUUCAACGGAAAGUGGACCUCUUCUGGGUGUGAGAACCGACCAGGACCCGAGUUUGUUAUUAGAAAAUACGCGUUCCGGAAGUCAGGUUUCACCGCACAACUGUUCUACUACGCCGACGAGGACUGCAGUCACGUGACGCACUACGUCAAUGCGCGCGGCACGGUACGGCUCGUGCACGAGUCUUGGAGAACCCCUGGCGGGUUCGAGUUCCGGUAUCAACUCACAGAGGUCCAAAUUAUACCAUAUACCGAUACAAAGGCGAAGGAAUUCGGAAAAUUGAUGCGGAGAUACUGUAGUGAGUCCAGUGUGAACUCAGUGAAAACCUUCCGUAAAUUUGACAUUUUUAAGUUUCCACGGAAACGCAAUGCUCGUGAAGACGGCGGCGCAACAGCGGAGGACUUCGAUUGCACAAAACUAUUUAAUUUCACGAUGAACGAAAUCCAGCUAAUACGGGUAGAAAGGAGAAUCGAGAAAUCCAUUUCCGGCGCUGUGACCCGCCGCGAGCUUCAUCUAGGUGACGUCAGUACGGAUGUGACGCAAAGACGUCAGUACGUGCCAACGCACUACCAGGCACCGCUCGUGAAACCGUGGGUACAGGGAUGUGAUGUGUGCAGGAUGAUAUCACAAGCGUCACACAGGCAUCCCCCGGUACUUCCGCGUCGCCAGCACAGCGCCGUGGCACUACCGGGGGAGUGGAUCAGUCAGCGGUGUGAAACCAGACCCAACGGCCAGUUUUUGACGCGCCACCUAUCGUUCCUAGGGUGGCGCUCCUUUCAAGGAAUGUACGAGUUCUUCCGGGAUCCGCUCUGUAAGGAGUCCAGCUACAGCAUCGCUAUCAAAGGGACAUAUGCACGGACGGGCGCCUCGGCGGCCAUUCCGUCCGCGAGUGAGUUCGUGUUCAAGACAACCAAACUGAAAAUUACGCCGAACGAUUAUCAGAUGCUUAUGUUCAUGAACAGUUAUUCCGGAAGUAAAUGUGGCGAUGCAGGCAGCUGGAAGCUUGGGGUGACCCAGGACGUGACGUCAACUGAUGGCUGCGUGCUACUAGGGAUAACCUUACCUCAUGUGGAGCACGAAAUCGUGAAAACAGAGUACGACAACAGCAAGAGUUAUCUGUAUACCGGACAAAGACCUAGUGAUUUCGUGUCAAUGGCCAUUUCAAAGAACAGGCCGACAUCUUUCCAAAUGCCCAUGAUAAAAUGUGGUGGAGAUAACUUAAUAGUGGAAGAAGUGUUACCUUUAUUUGAACAAUAUUCGGGCAAUAUUAAUUCGGACAGUGCUGUUGUAGAAAUUACGGGUAAUAGCUCUGCUUACAGGCACCACGCGACAUCAGUAUUAUUGUUCGUCGCUUUACUCUCACAUUGUGUGUUGGUUGGGCACUAGCAUGAUACGUUUCGUUGUACAAUCGUGCGUUGAACUUCGUGGAAGUCGUUUGUUUGAUGGAUUAACGUAAUACAGAUGCACAGUUGAUCUUCAAAUUAUUCCGGGAUUUUAGAGGAUUAUCCACAGUCGUUUAUUGGAUAACGAGUGCGACAAAUGGAUUCGGAGUUAUGGCAUUGUGGUUAAUAGAAUACAGCUAAAGAAAAAUACGUCACAUCCUAUUAGCGUAGUUGUAUACGGACGUAUUGAUAAGUAACAGUAUUAAAUGUCGUUUAUUUUUAACAUUAUUUUGUAAAACUCUCUUAUAUUACCUAUCAGGUUGACACGUUUGAUAGUCAAAAUAUUAGUAAAAUCGUACCUCUGGUCUAAAAGAAUAGACGAAUGAUUGAUGUUUAAGACUUUCUAGAACAUUUUGUAAGACUUUUUCUGUGUGAAUUUGUGUUCUAUUUGUCUUCGUCCUUAACAAUUUGCUAGAUAACUACUGAAGAUGUAUGCAUUUAAUUGAAAGUAAAUGGCAUCAAACAUCAUUAUGAAAUAAAGGAAGUGUUUACUAUUUAAAACCACAAAUCAGUUUUAGCCUAAAACGUUUACUCGUAUCUUAGUAGUAAUUACCGGGAAGUGUAAGGAAAUGCAUUUAGCGAAUAUCAAAAUUGAAAUCAAUAUGUUCAUACAUGUAUACAUUUGACUAUUUCAUAUUUACUGUUUUUGCUAAGUAGGUGUUUUCCUAUCUAUUUAUGCUUAGAUGAAUGACGCCGCGCCCGCAAAGCCCCGUCAAAAGCAGGCCGCAAAGGCUAAUCUAGGACGAUACAUUACGCACACACAAGCCCAAUGUUUCUAGAGUGGUGCUCAUAUUAUUUAAAACAUUAAAAAUAAUGAGCAGAAAAAGACACUAUAGUAGAAACACAUUCCAUUUAAAAUUGAUAAUGGAUCCACUGCAAUACAAAAAUGAUUUCUUUUAUUUAUAUGUAUUUAUUUUGUGUUCGUGUCAUUGUUUCUCAGUUAUCAAUAAUGAAAUUCAUGUUACACCAACUUAUAUUUGCCUGCACAUAUGUUAUAACAUUAAUUGUGUUAUUACAUCAACUCUGCUCUCCAUGAAUGGAGGAAAUAAAGAAUCUAUCUAUCUAUAUUCUGCAAUACGCUGUAAAAUGAAGACUGGUUGAAGAUGUCAAAAUAGGCAAACAUCGGUAAAAUGUCAUUAAGACGUCAUAUCACUUUGUAGUCUGUAAGUCGCCAUUAGCAGUUUAUACGAUGUAAUUUUUGUUUGUUCCCGUUUACUACAGUUACCUCCAUUGUAUACGCUCUGUUAACGAGAACGUUGAAAAAAUAGUUUCAAUAAAUUGUACAUAUUUAA